AUGCCUCAAAACGAAACCGAAGAAUGGCGUUCGACCGUUCUCGAGCAUCCUGUCGGAUUGAACCCGCAGCACUGUUCCCUCCGACAUAUGCAACUCGAUAUUCGAAAGAAUUGGUCUUUCAGUGGUCUAGAUUACACUGUGAAGGAUCAAGAUGGGAAAGUGCUUUUGCGAAGUCAAGGGCGUCGGUUGCACCGUAUUGAUUCAAUCAAUACCGAUCCUGACACUGGACGAGAUCGCGAGCAGGUCAUUUCGGUCUCUUUCAUGUGCACUUACAGAGGACCAGGGGAAUCAGCCGGAGUUGGAUCCAGAACCUGCUUCAAAGACCAUCUCACGGGAGUGAACAAGGAGAUUAUGGUAGAGUGGCAAGGUAUCAUGAAGAAAAGGGGUGUGAUAACCCUAAGAGAUGAUACAGGACAUGUUGGUAUGAACCAAGAGAAGUUUGGUAAUGGUGCAGUUAUAGGUUCGUUAAAUGAUUAUGAUACGGUAUUUGAUUAUACUCAUCCUCAAGUAGAGUUCAUUUCGAAUAUCGAUUAUACCCUCAUGGCUGUCACUGCGAUCUGUGGUGAACAUGUGACUGGUUGA